AUUAAACCACCCCACCGUUUGGGGUGUUCUAAAUUUAGUUUCGUUACACAAGAUGCAAAUAGGCUCCAUAAUCGCCUACCUGCCCGUAGACUCAAAGGCCUUGGAAGGGCACAACCUAAUCUGUGUGGUUUUUGUUUUUGUCCUUUCCACAGAGAAGUUUCGCUUUAAGUCAUGGAUGGUACAGCACAAAAAGAAAUACAGCGCGGAAGAGUACCAUCGGAGGCAGCAGGUCUUUGUCAGCAACUGGAGGAAGAUCAAUGCCCACAACGCCAGGAACCACACGUUCAAAAUGGCCCUGAACCAAUUUUCAGACAUGACCUUUGAUGAAAUAAAGCGAACGGUUCUUUGGUCACAGCCUCAGAAUUGUUCAGCCACCAAAGGUAACUACCUUCGGGGCACUGGUCCCUACCCAACCUCUGUGGACUGGCGGAAGAAUAUGCAGGCCGAGCAGCAGCUGGUAGACUGCGCCCAGGACUUCAACAACCACGGCUGCGAAGGGGGUCUCCCCAGCCAAGCCUUCGAGUAUAUCCUCUACAACAAGGGCAUCAUGGCAGAAGACGCCUACCCCUACCAGGGCCGGGACGGGGUCUGCAAGUUCCAGCCCAAGCAGGCUGUGGCGUUUGUUAAGGAGGUGGCCAACAUCACGCUGAAUGACGAGGAGGCGAUGGUGGAGGCUGUGGCCCUCUACAACCCGGUGAGCUUUGCCUUCGAGGUGACCGACGGCUUCCUGAGUUACAGGAAGGGCAUCUACUCCAGGUACUUCCUCAUCCAGCGCGGGAAGAACAUGUGUGGCCUGGCAGCCUGCGCCUCCUACCCCAUCCCCAGGGUGUGAGCAGCGGACGGCGGCAGGCGGGCGGAGGACAGGAGGAGCAGGCAGCCAAUGCCAUCCCGUGGAAAUGCCACCUCAGAGGACGUGGUGGGGAUGCCCACCCGGGGGCCUGCCACUCUCCCUCCUCACCCACCCAGCCAGGCCUGGACCCUCAAAGCAAAACAGGAAGAGAAAUCCCACCAAGCACCAGCUCCUCUGUGACGCCUGGGGCUAAGCCAAGUGGUCCCUCUAGUCCCAGGGGAAUCCGUUCGAGGACUCAAAACCCCUCGCCACAGAUCCCCCAGAUCCUCAGACGGUCAAGUCCCUUACAUAUCAUGCGCUCAUAUUGGCAUGUAACCCACCUCCAACCUCCUGUGUACUUUCCACCCUGCCCGGGUUAUUGUGGUGCCUGACCCAGGGUAAAUGAAGUGCCCGUGUAGAGAGAGCACUUCUCUACUCCCACUUAGCAGUUCAGGGUUUCCUGUGGCCGCUGAACUGCUGUUUGGGUUUGUUUGUUUGUUUGUUUGUUUUUCCCCUCCAAUAUUUUCCGAGCUGCAGUUGGUUGAAUCUGCAGAGACGCGAAACCUAAGGAUAGAGGCCAACUGUACUGGCCAAGUGCCUUACCCCUAGCUUUCGGAUGAUCCAAACCCAUGUGGACAGAGUGCUCCCUUCACACUUGGAGACCGAUGUCUCUGCUGUGUCCUUUGCUCAAUAAACACUCAGCGAACCUC